CCGAGCCUCUGACACUGGGCGGUGCACCCGCUGCGCUUCGGAGGCAGAGCUGGGUGGUGGCGGGGCUCCGUUGCGUGAGAUGCCCCUCCUCACCCAGAGCAACCAAGGAACCCCUCCCCCGCUUUCGGCGGGCUGCUAUCUUUUCCCUCACAUUUCACCGCUGGCCUCCCACUCCCCUCCCCCUUCCUGUUUUUUCUCUCCUCUUCAUACCCUCUUCGCCCUCCCCUCCUCCCAUUACACGUCGUUUCUGUACAGGCGCAGCUUCCUUCACUGGUAGAUUCGCUGUCAGCUGCACUCGAGACUCGUCAACAUCAGAGUCUUUCAGAUAAUCCGUAAAUUGAGGAUCUCAAAGCCAGUCGUCAAGAUGGUGCAGUCUGCAAUUCUCGGUUUCCCCCGUAUGGGAGUCAACCGUGACCUGAAGAAGGCCACGGAGGCUUACUGGGGCGGCAAGCUGUCCCAGGCCGAUCUCCUCGCCGAGGCCAAGCGCCUCCGUCUCGCCCACUGGAAGAUCCAGAAGGACGCCGGCGUCGACGUCAUCCCCAGCAACGACUUCGCCCUGUACGACCAGGUCCUCUGCCACAUCCAGGACUUCGGUGCCGUCCCCGAGCGGUACACCAAAGAUGGCCUUGACACCAUCGACCAGUACUUCGCCAUGGGCCGUGGCCACCAGAAGGAGGGAGUUGACGUCCCCAGCUUGGAGAUGGUCAAGUGGUUCGACUCCAACUACCACUACGUCAAGCCCACUCUCCAGGACAACCAGACCUUCAAGCUGGUCGACAGCCCCAAGGCUGUUGUCGAGUUUAAGGAGGCCAAGGAGGCCGGCAUCCACACCCGCCCCGUCCUCGUCGGCCCCGUCAGCUUCCUCCACCUCGGCAAGGCCGAUCGUGGCCAGUCCGUCAACCCCAUCGACCUGCUCGACAAGCUCGUUCCUGUCUACGAGCAGCUCUUGACUCAGCUCAAGGAGGCCGGUGCCGACACUGUCCAGAUUGACGAGCCCGUCCUUGUCUUUGACCUGCCCGCCAAGGCCAAGGCUGCCUUCAAGCCGACCUACGAGAAGUUUGCCGCUCUCGGUGACAAGAUCCCCCAGAUCGUCUUCACCACUUACUUCGGUGACAUCGUCCACAACCUCGAGACUCUCCCCAAGGGCGUCUAUGGUGUCCAUGUUGACCUUGUCCGCAACCCCGAGCAGCUCGAGACCGUCAUUGGUGCCCUUGGCCCCAAGACCGUUCUGUCGGCCGGUGUCGUCGACGGCCGCAACAUCUGGAAGACCAACAUGAAGCGCGCCAUUGAGACUGUCGAGUCCGCCAUCCAGAAGCUUGGCAAGGACCGCGUCAUCGUGGCCACCUCGAGCUCCCUCCUCCACACUCCUCACACCCUGGCUAGCGAGAAGAAGCUGGACCCUGAGGUCGCUGACUGGUUCUCUUUCGCCUCCGAGAAGGCUGUCGAGAUUGCCGUUAUUGCUAAGGCUGUCACGGAGGGCCCCGCUGCCGUCCGUGAGCAGCUCGAGGCCAACGCCAAGUCCAUGCAGGCUCGCGCCACCUCGACUCGCACCAACAACCCCCAGGUCAAGGACCGCCAGUCCAAGGUCACCGAGCAGGACCACAAGCGCAAGUCGGAGUUCCCCGUCCGCAUCGACGCCCAGGAGAAGAAGCUCAAGCUUCCCCUGUUCCCCACCACCACUAUUGGUUCUUUCCCCCAGACCAAGGAGAUUCGUGUUCAGCGCAACAAGUUGACCAAGGGCGAGAUCACCGAGGCUGAGUACGACAAGUUCAUCGAAAAGGAGAUUCUUGACAAUGUCAAGAUCCAAGAGGAGCUUGGCCUGGACGUCUACGUCCACGGCGAACCCGAGCGCAAUGACAUGGUUCAGUACUUCGGCGAGCGCCUGGACGGCUAUGCCUUCACCACCCACGCCUGGGUCCAGAGCUACGGCUCUCGCUGCGUCCGCCCGCCCAUCAUUGUCGGCGACAUCUCUCGCCCUGCUCCCAUGACGGUCAAGGAGUCCAAGUACGCCGUUUCGGUGUCCAACAAGCCCAUGAAGGGCAUGUUGACGGGUCCCGUCACCUGCCUGCGGUGGUCUUUCCCUCGUGAUGAUGUCCACCAGUCUGUGCAGGCACAGCAGCUCGCUCUGGCUCUGCGUGACGAGGUCGUCGAUCUCGAGAAGGCUGGCGUCGACGUCAUCCAGGUCGACGAGCCAGCCCUGCGUGAGGGUCUUCCCCUCCGCUCCGGCAAGGAGCGUGAUGCCUACCUUGACUGGGCCGUCAAGGCCUUCAAGCUCUCCACCUCCGGUGUCGAGGAUGCAACUCAGAUCCACUCCCACUUCUGCUACUCCGAGUUCCAGGACUUCUUCCACGCCAUCGCCGCCCUGGAUGCUGACGUCCUGUCCAUUGAGAACAGCAAGUCGGAUGCCAAGCUUCUCCGCGUCUUUGUCGACUCUGCCUAUCCCCGCCACAUCGGCCCUGGUGUCUAUGACAUCCACUCUCCCCGUGUCCCCAGCGAGCAGGAGAUCAAGGCCCGCAUCGAGGAGAUGCUUCAGUAUCUCAAGCCUGACCAGCUGUGGAUUGACCCUGACUGCGGUCUGAAGACCCGCCAGUGGAAGGAGACCAAGGAGGCCCUGGUCAACAUGGUCAACGCCGCCAAGUACUUCCGCACCAAGUACGCCAAAUAAGCGACUCCGAGGUGAGGUGCGAACAACCGCACCCUGAGUUGAUGGCGCGUGUGCGUGUGGGGGACUGUGUUCAACUAGACUGCCAGAUUUGAUGAGAGACUCUGUCUCGUUCUGUUUUAAGCCGGCUACGAUUUCAACAUCGGCGUUUAUGGAUGGGGUGACGACGAGAUGUGUUUUUGAUGCAUCCCAAAAGUUUACAACUGAGGGCAAAAUGGGACAGGUAUGGACGACGGUUUGGCGAGCAUUCAACAUUAUGUGCAUUUGCGCCCCUGUUUAGGGGCCUCAACUUUGGAAGUUCCCAUCAAUAUGAAGGAAUUUAACUCAGCCAAGUUGUCUUCAACAAGAUGGCGUUUAGGGGAAGAGUGUGGUCCGAUGGGGGACGUUGAUACCCAUUGACCACAACUGACGAUACCAUUUGCCGGUUGGGAUCACCAAAAACGAAAGGAUGUGCAAGUAUUGGUAGACAGCAUACAGCGUAAUGAUAUACCCGAUUCAACCUGGGCAACUACGAUUGGAC